UUGGCUUCGAGUCCUACAUUAGGCUUUGAUUAGUUAGUACCAGCGCUGUCAAAAACCCCACAGCUAUAAAUAGAUUUUGGCAGUGAAGAUGAUGGGCGAAGAAGGUCGUAAAGAAGCAGGCAUGGAGAGUCUAUCUCUUGACGAUGAUGAAGAUGAUAACAAGUUGACCUCCAAAUCCUACUCUAACUACCGCAGUGCCAUGACUUCUCUUUCUGAUUCUCACCACCCUCUUUCCCCGUCGAUCGUCGCUACACCUGACGAUUCUGACCCCUUAUUAGCUUCUUCUAUUCAACCACCUUUUUAUGCCGACAUCGUCCUCAGUCCUAUUGAUGUUGAAGAAUUUAAUGCCAUCCAAAACCCUAGCGAUGACUCAAGAAAAUCUACAUUGUCUCCACCUUUAAACUUGGAGUAUUUGAAUAUCACGGUUUCGGAUCCACAGAAGGAAAUGGAAGCAUCCGCGUCAAUUGUUCCCGGCAGUAAUACUUACGUUACCUAUUUAAUCACCACAAAAACCAAUUUACCCGAAUAUGGAGGAACCGAUUUCAGCGUUCGGAGGCGCUUCAAAGACAUAGUUACUUUAUCCGACAGAUUGAGCGAAGGUUAUAGAGGCUAUUUUAUUCCUCCCAGGCCGGAUAAAAGUGUAGUGGAGAGUCAAGUGAUGCAGAAACAGGAGUUUGUGGAGCAAAGAAGAUUGGCAUUGGAGAAGUACUUGCAUAAGCUUGCAUCACAUCCACUCAUCAGGAAGAGUGAUGAAUUGAGGGUCUUUUUGCAAGUGGAUGGUAAGCUUCCCCUGCCAACGACCACUGAUGUGGCAUCUAGGGUAUUGGAUGGAGCAGUAAAGUUGCCAAAGCAAUUGUUUGGGGACUCAGGAAAUGUGAUUGGGCCGCAGGAUGUUGUGCAGCCUGCUAAAGGUGGUAGGGAUUUGCUGAGGUUGUUCAAAGAACUGAAGCAAUCUGUUACCAAUGAUUGGGGUGGGUCAAAGUCACCUGUCGAGGAGGAGGAUAAGGAUUUCCUGGAAAAUAAAGAAAGGUUGCACAAUCUUGAGCUGCAACUUAGUAAUGCGUCAAAGCAGGCUGAAUCACUUGUUAAAGCUCAGCAAGAUAUGGGGGAUACGAUUGGAGAACUUGGGCUAACAUUUAUUAAGUUGACAAAGUUUGAGAAUGAACGAGGUACUGUGAAUACUCAGAGAGAACGGGCCGCUAAUAUGAAAAACGUGGCUACUGCAGCUGUUAAAUCCAGCAGAUUGUAUCGGGAGUUAAAUUCACGGACAGUGAAGCAUUUGGAUAUUCUACAUGAACACCUGAGUCUAAUGUUGGGUAUACACCAUGCAUUUUCAGACCGAUCAAGUGCUUUAUUGACAGUGCAGACUCUCAUUUCGGAAUUGUCUUCCUUAAAUUCAAGAGCAGAGAAACUUGAAACAGCAACCUCUAAGAUAUUUGGAGGUGAUAAAUCAAGAGUUCGAAAGUUGGAAGAGUUAAAAGAUUCCAUUAGGGUCACUGAAGAUGCCAAAAGGUGUGCCAUCAGAGAAUAUGAACGCAUUAAGGAAAAUAAUCAAAGUGAGAUAGAUCGAAUAAAUAGAGAAAGGCAUGUUGACUUUGUGAACAUGUUGAAAGGAUUCGUAACUAAUCAGGUGGCUUAUACGGAGAGAAUUGGGCAAGAGUGGUCAAAAGUUGCAGAUGAGACCAGUCGCUAUUCAAGAGAGUGAAUAAAAUGUAUGCUGUAAAAUCAGAUACUUAGAUUUUUCUUGUUUCAUUUUUGUGUUAAUUGAUUGUACAGUGGGAAAUUAAUACAUUAGAAGACACAUAUACUCUAAUUUUUUUUUUAAAAAAAAUUUCCCACUCCCUAUGAGUUUUUUUCACA